GACUCGGCAGACUACAAUCUUGGUCCAACUCACAAUCCAAAUGCAAGACCUUCAGAUUUUGACUUUCUUAAAGUUAUUGGAAAGGGUAGUUUUGGAAAGGUCUUGCUGGCCAGACACAAGACAGACAGUAACUUCUAUGCUGUUAAAGUACUGCAGAAGAAAGUCAUCAUGAAGAGAAAUGAGGCCAAACAUAUCAUGGCAGAACGGAAUGUCCUGCUGAAAAACCUGAAGCACCCUUUCCUAGUGGGACUUCACUAUUCCUUCCAGACACCUGACAAGCUCUAUUUUGUGUUGGACUAUGUCAAUGGUGGAGAGCUGUUCUUCCAUCUACAGAGGGAAAGGUACUUCCCUGAACCCAGAGCUCGUUUUUAUGCAGCUGAGAUUGCAAGUGCCUUGGGGUACCUUCACUCACUUAACAUCAUCUACAGAGAUUUGAAACCAGAAAAUAUUCUACUAGAUUCUCAGGGUCAUGUUGUUUUGACCGACUUUGGCCUGUGUAAAGAAGGAAUUGAAGCUUCAGCAACUACAUCCACCUUUUGUGGAACUCCUGAGUACCUUGCACCAGAAGUGCUGCGGAAACAGGCCUAUGACAGAUCAGUAGACUGGUGGUGUCUGGGUGCAGUGUUGUAUGAGAUGUUGUAUGGGUUGCCCCCAUUCUAUAGCCGGGACACUGCAGAAAUGUACGAGAACAUCCUCUACAAACCUCUCAAACUCAGGACCAACAUAUCACCAGCGGCCAGGCACAUUCUGGAAGGGCUACUACAGAAGGAGAAGGAAGACAGGCUGGGAACAGGAGACAAAGACUUUGAAGAGGUGAAGACCCAUGAAUUCUUCAGCAGUCUGAACUGGCAGGACCUGCUGGAGAGGAGGAUCCCUCCUCCUUACAACCCAGAAGUGAGUGGCCAACUGGAUUUGAAGCAUUUUGACCCUGAGUUUGUCCGUGAGCCAGUGCCUGGGUCAGUGGGGAAGUCCACCGGAGUGAUCAGUGCAAGUGUACAGGAGGCGGACGCUGCAUUCAUGGGCUUCUCAUACGCACCUCCUGCCGAGGAUGCCUUCGAGUAAAAGAAACAUCUUCAUUUCAAACUCAAGACAUUCCAUUUUUAACUUGGGACGUUGUGUCAUAGUAAGUUCUUAUAGACAUUUACCUGCCUAAGAUUUCCAUCAGAGUUGUCUGGUUGAAUGCCAUACCAUCAGUCUUCUGCAUUAAGUCACCAGAAGAGUCUCUUGUGCCAAUAAUGAAUAUUGAUAAUAAUACAACGAAUCACUAUAGUACUCAAUAGUAUAUGCAAGUGAUUUCAAUUUGGGUAGGCGCUUCUCUUUUUUAUAGUACAGGUGAUUCAAAACCUCUGAUUUGGGGUUAUGAAUGUGUACUGCAAAUGGAAGUGAACAAAUCUGCAUGAAUAGUUAUGUAGAUUACUAUUUUUAUUUGCAUAGUUUAUCCUAUUGAAAAGAAAUUGAAGUUUAUCUCAGAAUCUAUAUGAUGUAUUUGAUUAGGAUACAUGACAUACUAGUACCAUAUAGCAUACUAUAUGCUGUGCAACACUGUAUUCAUAACUCAGAUCUGCUGUUCUACUUACAUUGCAAUGGGCUGUCUCAGUACAGCCUUUCUACAGUUACAUCAUUACAUUACAUGUACAGAAUAGUAUGAUAGAUAUAGUUUAUAAUAUAGUUGAUAUGGCAGCCUUAUUGUCAAAGCCUGAUGGCCAAGAGACACAAUGAUCUUUCAAACUUUUUGGAAUGGAAAUAUGGAGAAAGUUUGCAUAAGUUAAGGUAUGAAUCUAAAACACUUUAAAGGAUGCUUCAAAAUUGGCCUCUCUUUUAGCUUUGAUAUGAUCAAUAUAAAAUACAACAGGGUCUAAUCUGUGUCACCCGAGGUACCAGCCUGUAGAAUUGCCUGACGGCUGAUCGGACCCGUGGGAGGGCUGGGACCCACCCAAGGAAGCACACUUUCUAAUUCAAAAGACCCAGACAUUGAGAAAAUUUGGUGUCUUGACUUUAUUCAGAUUGCAACAGACAAUUCGAUUGGUAAAAUUUGGUGUCCUCAAACAACAUUCUAAUUAGUCUAUGGAAGCCCGCGUGAUAACAGUAAAAGCCCAUAUGUGUGAUAAGCAAAGUUAUCACCGAGUCCAGAACACCCAUAUCAAACUUUAUCACGGCAUGACAUUAAUAUAUACAUGUAAGUUUCUUUGCUAGGAAAUAGACUAAUGGCCCUUGAAGAUAAAAACCUUUAAAUGCACAAUGAUCUUUUUCAAACACAUGGUCAAAUGGUCAGAGUUGGCAUGUAACAUAUCAAAGGUAUAGGGUGUUUGCAGUCACAUGACAAAGACUUAAAUCAAGGCAUAAAUCAAGGAGGUUAUUGACCUAGAUCUGCCUAUAUAACCUUGCAUAAAUGGCCAAUCAAAAAGGUGAUCAAGUAAAAGAUGCCUGUGGUUAUUACGUGAGAAUCUUGAUUUCCUUCUACCUCAGCAUGUCUGCAUUUUGCCUGUUCAUCAUAAAUCAUUGCUUGUGGAUCUGCCAUGUUGGCUCCAACAUCUUUUGAUACAGCAUAAGCUGUUAUGUCAUGCACAAACACCCUAUAUGAAUGUUUGAAGAAAAAAAAAGCAUGGUUUCUCAACUGACUUACCGUGGGUUCUGGUUUAGGGUUUGUGAACUUCGACUACAAGUUCAUUUACAAACUGUAAAUAGAGAAAAGCUAUGUAUGUGGAUCAGGUGAGGUUUCUAAACUGUGUCAGUUCAGCUAUCCUUAGUCAAGUUGCUCCUCAUUGAUUA